AUGGCAUAUUCGACGCAUACACUUAAAUUAACGUUAUUAAUAAUCGUAUUAAUAGUACCAAUUUUCUUAAACAUAACUGAAUCAAAACCACUUAAAUAUAGUCGAAGAAAAACUGAAGUUUUACGAAAUUUUAAGCGCACUUUCUCCCCUACUUCCGAAACAUCAUGGCAUAAUUGGGCGGGAAAUGUUGUUGUUAAACCCGAGUUCAUAUUUCGUCCAACUUCAGUUGAUGACCUUAAAGAUAUAGUAAAGAAGGCCAAGGAAAAGGGAAAGAAAGUUCGAUGUGCUGCUGAAGGACAUUCAUGGAGCUCUUUAGCUUUAACUAAAGAUUAUCUGAUUGUUGUAACUAACUUGACGAAGGUUGAAGUGAAACAGGAUAAAAAGUACGGAUGGACUGCUACUGCCGAAGCUGGCGCAUCAAUUAAACAAGUCGAUGACGCUCUCCGAAACCAUGAUCCUCCGCUAACAAUAGAAUCGAUGACUGUACUAAAUUCCGUUCGAGCUGCAGGUGUUGUAGCAACUGGCUCUCACGGUGCAAAAUUUGAAGGGCGAAGUAUUCCUGACAACGUUGUGGCAUUGCAAAUCGUUACUGGUGAUGGGGAAUUACAUGAAUUUACUGAAGAGAAUGAUCCAAAUGAAAUGAAUGCUGCAAGAAUCAGCUUAGGAUUACUUGGCGUUAUAUAUAGUGUCACUUUUCGCGUCGUACCGAUGUUUAAUCUCCGAAUGAUUGACUCAUUUCCAUUGGCUACCGAUUGGAUCAAACCCGAAAAUUUCAAGCACAUAGUAGAAACAUCUGACGGAAUAGAAAUAUUUUACUGGCCACUUAAUCAGGGCACUAUUGACAAUUCAAAAGAUGUAAUGUGGGUAAAACAAUGGGUGAAAACAAAUGACAAACCAACAUAUACGCAACAAGAGCUCGCAGCAAUAAAUCAAUCAGCUGAAAAUGGCACUAAAUUUUCUAAAUCCAUAUAUGAUCUCAUGCUCCUUGCACCGGAAUUGACUCCAGCGCUCACCGGUUUUUUGUGGAAGCAAAGCAGAAAGCCGAGCGAUGCAGUUUAUCAAGCUCCGGAUGCGAUCCACUAUCAGGCUGGUAUUGAUAAUUUACCAGUUGAAAAUAUAGAGUUUUCCUACAAACUUGAUAAUAACUAUACGAAGGUGGUUGAUGAAUUCAAUUAUUUUUUUGAAAGGCUUGGAAAUUACUCGAAACAAGGAAAAUUUCCCGUGAUGCUUGCCGAAAUACGAAUAAUUAAAUCUUCACCACUAUGGUUAGCAACUACCUACGACGAAGAUCCAAAUGCGGUAUAUGGCUGCAUUGAGAUUCUUAGUUACAGAAAUAAUCCUGACUAUCUAGAAUUUGCUAAGGAAAUGGGAAAGAGAUUGAUGGACAAAUACCAAGCAAGACCACAUUGGGCCAAAAAUUGGGAACCGAUUCCAGGAAUAAAAUCAUAUCUACACGACUUAUUAGGCGACCGUAUUCUUAAAUUUGAAAAUGUGCGGAAAAAAUACGAUCCUAACAACACUUUCUUCGAUAAUGAUUCAUUGAAACAAAUUUUUUAUGGAACUUGA